AUGUCAAACAUUGAUGGUGCCGCGGCACGGUUUCUUAACUACCCCACGCCAACCGCCCAUCCAUCCCAGUACUCAGCUGCGCCUCCACCCAAAAACCCUGUAAUCAAGGGCACUCCCUUGCACUACCUGGCAAACCUCGUCGCUGCCGUGCCGGGAUUGCCGUUCCUGCUGUGGAGCAACGCAGGCUUCAGCUCUCUGCGCAGCUGCAAAGAGCUUGAUGGCGUUGACCCUCGAUACGACCCGACCGUGAUUCCAGUAUCAACAUCCGGCGACAUAGCACCCAGCCUGCCCGAUAGCGUGAACGAGCUGCGAGUCACGCCCAUAGACGUUAACCCUCGCUUCUACACAGUCGCCGACUUCCACAACGCCUACCGAAGCGGCACGCAUACACCUCUCGAUGUUGUGGAGACCCUGCUACCGCUUAUCCGAAGAGAUGCCUCUCAACGGUCGCGCCACUCCACUUCGUUCAUGCCAGGCCAGAUAGAGCUUGUCCGACAAGCGGCAGAGGCUUCGACCCGCAGGUGGAAGGCAGGGAAGCCGCUGAGCAUACUAGACGGCGUUCCCUUUGCUGUUAAAGACGACCUCGAGGUCAAGGGCUACAAGAGGUACAUUGGCACGAGCUACGACUACACCAAUGGCAGGGAAUAUGAGGUGGAGACAAGCUGGUGCGUGAAGAAGGUUGAAGAGCAAGGAGCUGUUCUGAUCGGCAAGCUCAACAUGCAUGAGUUGGGAAUGGACACUACAAACAACAAUCCUAUCUGGGGUACUCCAUUGAAUCCUUAUCACGAACGAUACUAUACGGGAGGUUCGUCUGGAGGUGCGGCAUCCGCUGUUGCAGCUGGAAUCGUCCCGUUCGCGAUUGGCUCAGAUGGUGGUGGCUCUGUCAGGAUCCCGUCCAACUACUGUGGUCUAUAUGGCCUCAAGACCUCUCAUGACCGAGUGUCCACGGCUCCAAUGGCCAACGCAGGGAAGUCUGUCACGGUGCGAGGUCCAUUGGCAAGUAGCAUGGCAGAUCUCGAAGUCUCCUACCGUGUCCUCGCACAGCCUGAUCCAUCCAACUAUCCAUCUUCUGAGUUCAGUCCACCCAGGGCACUUACAGGUCCUCGCAAUAAGGUGCUCGGUAUAUACAAGCCUUGGUUCGACCGCGCUGAUCCACCAGUCCAAGAGGCAUGCCACUCAGCCCUGCAAUACCUUCAAUCAGAACUUGGCUACGAAGUGGUUGACAUCAGCAUCCCAUUACUGCACCAAGGCCAACUUGCCCACGCCAUGACCAUCCUCGCCGAAGGCGCAGCCAGCCACAAGACAUCGAUCUAUGAUCUGACACCUGCCAACAGAAUCCUCAUGAGUGUGGCCCGCCAAACACCGGCAACCGACUUCCUCCUCGCCCAACGCGUUCGCAAUGUCAUCAUGAAGCACCUCGCUUAUCUCUUCAAACAGCAUCCAGGUCUCAUCAUCGUCACGCCUACCACUCCCAAUGCUGGUUGGCCUAUCGAAGAAGCGGACCUGUCCCAUGGCAUGACAAACGCGAACAUGCAGCUCAAAAACAUGGAGUAUGUGUGGCUAGCAAAUUUCACUGGCAUUCCUUGCAUACAGUUCCCUGUUGGAUAUGUGGACGGUGUCAAGGGCAAGGGCAAGGGCAAGGUGCCUAUAGGAUUGAGCGGACAGGGUGAAUGGGGUAGCGAAGAUGCGCUGAUUGAAUUUGGUUUCGAUGGCGAGAAGUGGCUGCACGACGGAUAUGCGGGUGGGAAGCUGAGACCUGAGACGUGGGUUGAUGCGUUGGGAGCUGCGCAGAAGUAG